CUUUAUGCACCCUACCACAAUGGAAUUGUUGAGUAACUAGUUGUCUUUAUUCCCUACAGGCCCUUGCCAUCAGCGUAUAUGUGCCUUUCCUCUUUGUUCUUCUGCCAUUCAGUUGGAUGGAUUGUUUUAGAAACUGUUGGAGGCACCUAUCUAUCUGGAAACUCGCCUGUUAUUCUUGGAUACACGAUGAUUCUGUCAUUUUCAUUUGCUUACCUUGGAAUCCUCUUCACUCUUGGUCAUUACUCAUUUCCAGCCAUAGUCCGGUGGUUUACGUUUGGAGUUCACUUCCUAACAGUGAAAUUGCCGUGUCUCUUGUGGGUUUUCUCAGUAGAAGCCUGCAAAAACAUAUCUGUCAUUGAGGAUGCCUUCGUCUCGUGCUUUAAAAUUGAUGUUCUGCCCCGGAUAACUGGAUGUUGGCUCGAAUUCUGCACCUCCCGGUGGAUCGGAUUUCACUUCAUAACAGUGAAAUUGCCAUGUCUCUUGUGGGGUUUCUCAGUAAAAGCCUGCAAAAAACUAUCUUUCAUUGAGCAUGCCUUUGUCUUGUGCCUUAAAAUUGGUGUUCUGCCUUGGAUAAUUGGAUGGUGGCUAGUAAUCUGCACUUCCCCUUUGUUUGAAACCACAAAUUCCCAGAGAUUUGAGAUUCUUUCACACUUCCCAGGCAUGAUGAUCUUACGUUGGUGUUUAGGAUUCUGUUGCUUGAUAAUUGCCGACUCUUAUAGGGAACUUAUCCAGGAGAUCAUUCAUAAACGAGCUUUUUGGUAUCUCCUAGAUGUCACAGAUCCAGACUACAAGAUCACCAAACUAAAUUUUGGUUACAGCCUCUUUGUGAUUGCUUUUCAUGGGGUAUUGUUGGUGAUUUUGACUCACUUACCAAUUAAAGCCAUUACAAGUAUCAGCCCAUCCUUUUUUCCUCUUGAUUUAUGGGUUAACCAUGAAAAGCCUUUUCUUGGUGCAUACUCGAUUUAUUUCAACCUACUGAGAUACGGUCCGCAAUGGUUACUCAAACAUACUAUACCAGCUAUGAGACUCAUUGUUCACAACUGGAUUAUCACUGUUAGUGCUUGGCUUCAGCUGAGUGAUUUCAUGCUGGUAAUUCUGCGAGGAGAAGACUUUCACCGUACUGAUCAGAAUGUGAGACCAAUGAUGCAACCAAGAAGGCCGUAUGAUGAUAAUCUAAUGUUUCUAUUGUAUUCCAUAGCUGAAGGCUCAGUGGUCACUAUGCAUGAAUAUCAGAAUGCUGAAGACGAUAAUCAAGACCAAAGAGAUAACAGGUUUCUGCCGAGGAUUGGCUUGAUGUUGGUGUUAGCUGCUUUGAGUUUGUUCCUCAUGAGUACAGCCUUCAUGGCUUUGCCAAUUUUGGCGGGAAGAGUAUUCUCUGACUCUCUCUCUUUCAUCAUGCUAAGAUUGGAAUCAAACAUGACGAUCUUUUUGCUUUCUGGAUUGGAUGUUAUAUCCUGCGAGCAAUCUAUGACAGCACUUGCUUUGCAUUUGAUCAUACCCGGAGGGGAAGAACCGAUUUACUUCUCAAAUAUAUCUGGAUACGUAUACGAAUUGGCUUGUUUUUCUCCAUCUGGAUCUCUGUCAUCCCCGGAUUUCUUGGUCUACUCAUCGACCUUAUGAUCAUCAUACCAUCACGAGUGCCACUAAAUGAAUCACCAGUUUAUUUCUUGAUCCAAGAUUGGUUAAUUGGAGUAGUGCUGCUUCACAUAUGGACCUUUCUGACAAUGCUCACACCUAUCAACUGGCUUGCGACUAAGGCAUGGCGGCUAAAGUUUGAGAGAAUAAGAAACGUGGGAAUCAAUAGACUUCCUUCAAUGUGGCUGCUUGGAGAUGUGAUUGGUUCCAUCAUAAACACACUUGUAACCACACUCUCCAUCCCUUACCUGCUUGCAAAGGCUCUAUUCCCGUUGCUUGGAUUCUCCCAAAGCAUCAAUUUAGCUGUUGAACGGUGUAUUUGGCCGGCGUUAUUAGCUAUGAUCACAGUCUGGUUUAUGGCCAAGCUAACACGUGAUCUCAUUAUCUACCUUCACCAGUUGGUCUUCAAUGAAAGGUAUCUGGUGGGUGAAAGAGUGGACAAUUUGACUGAAGAUCCAGAGCAGGGGAUAAUCAUCCAUGGAACAUGACCAACAAGGACUUUUUUGUUCAUAGUCAAGUCAAUAUGUUAAUAUCUUUUGCAAUGUUUAGUUUCUGAAUUUGACAGUAAUUUGAGGUAACCAAAUUGAGAGUAGACAUGUAUAGUGUGCCUUACACUCUUAUUUUUUGACCGAAAUAUUGGAAUCAUAGUGACAUCUUUAACA